UAUUGAAUGAUUGGAAAAUGCUGUUUAUGUAAAAACGUUUUUUAUUUACACUGACAUUCAGAUUUGCGGCCUCACCACAACAAAAACUUGUGAAUUUGGUUGUUAUCGGAUAGGCAACGCUAAAGGGAAAGUAAACAAUCCGAUCUAGUUUAGGGCCAAAAGUAGACAGCUCAGUCACGUGCACAACCAAGGAAGGUAAGAUGACGGGAACAAAGCUCGCGAUACCUCGGUUCCGGCCAUUCUUAUUUUAGCGUGUAAAUAUGUACAAAUUCCCCGGAUUUCACAACUUUGUAUUUGUCUGACGGUGAGAGGAAGUUUAACCCUUUUCUUCAUUUCAUCUGUUCUUCAUCAUGGCGAUUCGUGAGGAUCUCGUGGCAUCUGCCGUAAGUUAUUCCAACUCCCUCACAUAUUCGAAUACUAAUCCGUAGCUAGGUUACAUGUAAGAACGUUUCAUUGAAGAUGGCUUCAUCAUUUCUAAUAAUUCAACAGUUCUUCAGGACCCAAGUGUCUCUGCAUCGCCUUUAGAGAAUCGAAUCGCGUUUCUGCAAUCAAAGAACCUUACACAGGAGGAAGUAGAUGCGGCAUUAGGAAGAGCCAGCGGCGAACAAUCGCCAGCACCACAAAACUAUUCGAAUUAUCCAGCACAACAGCAAGUAGCAAGACAGCCUCCACCUGCAUAUGGAGGAUAUCAACAAUACCCAUGGCAACAGCUCCCGCCUCCGGAAGUACCGAAACGGGACUGGAGAGAUUGGUUUAUUAUGGCUACAGUGACAGGUGGCAUAGGAUAUGGAGCAUAUUUCCUAGCUAAGGUAAGGCCAGAAUUCUUUGAAGGUAUCAACUAUACUAACCUAUACAGCGUUAUAUCUAUCCAAUAAUUGCUCCUCCUACACCUCCGCAACUCGAACAAGAUAAAAAGGAGAUUGACGAUUCCUUUGAAAAGGCAUUUUCUCUUCUUGAUCAGUUAGCAAAAGACACGGAAACCCUAAAGACAUCCGAGCAAGAACGAACGGAACGAUUAGAUAUAGCGUUAACUGAAGUAGAGACAGUUAUUAACGAGUUAAAAUCUGCGAGCCGAAGAAGGGAUGACGAAUCUCGACGCAUGGGCGAUGAAGUCAGGGGGCUCAAGGAUUUAAUACCCAAAGCUAUGGAAGGACAGAAGGAGGCAACAGAUACCAGGUUAAAAGAAUUGGCCGUUGAACUGAAGAGUUUGAAGACAUUAAUGGGUCAAAGAAUGAAUCCAUCUUCGACCAUGAAUCCAUACAACAGAGUUCAGAGUGCAGCUUUACCUUCUCCAAUCGUCGCAACUACCCCUUCCAGCAAUCCAACCCCUGCCGAAGAUUCCCCAACUGAAAGCAUUACUCCUAGGCCAGCAUCAGUCAGUACUAGCUCAGGUACCGAGGCCGUAGCAUCUGUCCAAGGUCGAAAUGCCACUCCGUUCAGCUUCACUACUGGUGCGCAAGCAGGAGGAGCAAAGAUUCCAGCUUGGCAAAUGGCAGCUGCCAACAAGAGCACUAGCGCCAUUCCUACUACUACCACUACAAAUGGUACACCGGAGGCAAGCGGGUCAGCUCAGGCAUAGAUCCUAUAUUGACAUAUUUUGGAGUCAGCGAAAUUGCAUGGAACGGCGUGUUAGGGUGUUAAUGACUGGAGAUGGAGAUUUUGGAAUAUGUAGCGUCGGAAUAUUGACAAUAUAAUCUAAUGGAGCACAGCUGUUUGUAUUAAACCUAUAAUGCCAAGAGGUAGUCCCAUAUUUAGUUGAAGGCAGGAAAUGGCAAUUUGGUGUGGCAAAAGUUCAUCAAUCUGGAACGCUUUGGAAAUGUAAAUUGAAAACUCCAGGGUUGGGAAAGAGACGAUGACUUUAUCUUCAAUAGUUUCUGAACGGAUUCUUCAAGCUAGAUGUGACUGCUUUAAUAACACCAGCAUAAUUGAAAUAUUUCGCUUGACCAGAAUCCUUCUCCAGCCUGAAACUUGAGC